ACCUAUCCAACACAGCAUUGGGCGGAAAGCAAUGACAAGGCCGGUUCGGUUGCGAGAAUGAAAAAGAGGAACCCAUAGUUUUGUAGCGGUCCUCGAGGGAAAACCUACUUUGGAUUGAUAUAAAUCUGGUCUUAUUCGCCCUUGCCUCCUCUCUUACUCUUCUAUCCCCCUUUCUUUCGGCUGUCGUCGGGGAGAAGGCAAACCCUGAUCCCGAGCUCCGGCGGCGCGAUCGGGACCCGAGGCUUCGAAGAGGAGAAGAAGAAGACGCCAGAGAUCGGCGCCUCAAGCUCUCUCCACAGCUCGCACUCUUUAAACCCUAGCGUCGAGGAGAUCUACUGCACGCCUAUACUCGAGUACCAUUGGUGCUUGUUUGGAAGCAGGCAUUAUUUUUUGGUCAUUAUGGCUACCGUUGCUAAGCCAGAGAAUGCUUUGAAGCCUAUUGAGGGAUUGGGUGGAUUUGAUAGGAUGCCAGAAGUGCAGAGAUCGUUGCAUUUUUUUAAGGAAAGAACAUUUUCUAGCUAGCGUUGAUCUAAAGAAACACCUGAACUGUAUGUUUCUACAAGCAAAUUACUACAGAACUCUGGAAAGUGAGCACUGAAGGGAAACCAAUACUUGUACAAAUUAAUCCCAUUGUGUCCGAGAGAAGGCUACUCUUGAUAAAAUGGCCUCCAUGUGUUAAAACUAAAUUUGGAAUGAGUUUCGUAUUGAUUUUCAAGAAGCUGGACUAUUGUGGCUGUGGGAUCCUAUGAGUGCAGGGAUUGCUGUAAUCAGGAUUGUAACAAAGUUGACUAAAGUCUUUUCCUGUAGAAUGAUUUGGCUGUGGAUAAUAUCAAUGCAAUCUCUCCUGCUGAAAGAAGUACUUUGAUUCUGUUUUCUUUAGUUCAAAGAAAUGUUAGACAUUGCAAAACAUGCUAGAAUUGUUGCAAAUAUUUUCAAAGAAGAAAAUCAGGUGCAGGCCAGCUGCUAAUUCAAGUUCUUUGGACUAAUUGAGCUGUGGCCCAAGUGAUGAAGCUCAGAAGCCAGAAUUCUUUCUCUAUAUUGCUUUUGGCUUUUUAGGUGUCUCUUUUGUGAUUGCUUGCCUCAAACAAUUCUGACUUCUGCUUUCUUCAAAGAUGUAUGUCUGAAGAUCUAAUAAAUUUUUGAGGAAACAAAGGCUUCUGUCUUAGGAGGUUCACCAAAAAAAGUACAUAUUGCAAACACUGCUUAUAAGGAGAACAAAAAUGGCUGAGAAUGUCAGGAAACGGGUAUCUAAAUGGGAUGUAGUGGCUGAACCACAUGUACCAGUCAUAAGUAGACAAGACAAUUCCCUACCUUUAAUAGCAAAUGAUCCUCGCAAGGAAAAAGUACAAUCAGAUCGGAAUUCUUCAAAUGUUUAUGGUGAACAAUUUUCUAGGUUGGCUGAAAUAAAAGCUGAAGAUUCUGUGCAUAAAGAUAAAUCUGAAGCAGAUAAAAAAUUUACAAAAUGGUCUGAACAAGCAAAUGACAAUACUAAACUAUCUAAAGAUUUUUCUCAAAGGCCCCCAUCUCCAAAGCACUAUGACCUGGAACUUCACUAUAAAGAUGGUUCAAGUAAGUCAUACUGGGAACCACAGCAUGAAUACCAAACUACAGUAAAUGUUGUUAAUAUGAAUAAGGAGACAGAUGGAUUGGUUAUAGCUCAAGAUCGUGGUUAUAGUUCAAGCAUGUCCCCUGGUCUUGAUUUGUGGAGGCAGCAUAGUCGCAGUAUCUCUCCAAGAGCUGGUUGGUGGAGGUCCCGCAGAUAUAUUGAACUAUACAGGAGCAGAAGUAGAAGCAGGAGCAGAAGCAGGAGCAGGAGCAGGAGUCCUUGUGGUUUGAACCGUGGACCUGAGAGAUGGGCCGACAGAGGUAGAACUGGGGCAGGAAAAUCUGCUCCACCAUGCAGAGAUUUUGCAGCAGGGCGGUGUAGAAGAGGCAGCCAGUGCAAGUACCUUCAUGAGGAUGGUGGUCGGAGGCAUUCUGGUAGGAAAUAUGAAACAGAUUUGAGAGAAGACAGAUAUGAAAAGCGAAGAUACUCAGGACAUGACAACAGGGAGAAGAACUAUGCUGAUUCAAGGGAGCAAAGUGAUUACACUCAGAAUAAGCUAUCCCAGAGGCAUGGAAGUCACUAUGAUGAAGGUGACUGCGUGAAACCUGAACUACAUAAAAGUAACAAGUCUACUGAGCGGUGUUAUGACUUUACAAAGGGGAGAUGCCACAGGGGUUCAUCAUGCAGAUAUGUUCAUCAUGAAGUUUCCUCUCAUGGUGGAUGGAGUAUGAGAGAUGAAGCCAGAGAAAUGACUUAUGAUAGAAGGGAUUCAAAUGCAUCUCUUGGGCAGAGGAUUGAGUCUCGCAGGGUAAGUGACACUCCUUGCAAGUAUUUUGCUGAAGGCCGUUGCCGUCGUGGUGAAGAUUGCAAGUUCUCGCAUCAAGGUGGAACUCAUGGACAUUUGGAAGGCAGGCCAGGUGAUGAUAGCUUGAUUUAUAAUCUGGGAACUGGUGAUGGUUUAAGAAGUAUUAUCUCAAAUUGUAGUGACCAGACCACUGCAAUUAAUCUGACAAAUUCAUCGCAGUGGAUUUCUAAUGAUGGUGCAGGAAUUGCUCCUCCUCAGUCUAUUGAUAGAGUAGAUUCUGGACAGAAGCCUCAACAUCCACAAUCCCAAAAUCCUGAAGGCAGCAACUGUCAAAUAGUAGAACAUGAAGCUUCCCAAAAGGCUUCAACCUCCCAAGAAGAGAAAAUUACUGAAGAAAAUUCUGGGCAGUAUCAAAUUCCAACAGUCUCUGCACUACAGACAGCUGAUAGAACAUAUAACAUUAAGAAUGAUAUGUUCUCUUGUGAAAAAAAUGGGACUAUGGUUGCUAACAAUGCUAGGCCCAACGCUGAGAUGAACUCAGCUAGUAAUCUAUCCACUGUGGUUUCUAUUGCUGGACAGAGCUUCAGCCAGGAUGGGCAGAGCCAGUAUAUGGGUCCACAGUCUUUUCAUGCACAAAGUUUCACUCCAAAUGUCCAGUUUCAGCAAACUGUCCCUCCACUAAAUUUUAGUGGGCAAUUGCAACAACUUUAUCCAAUGACUUCGAAUGGGCAGAGUCAGUUUAUAGUGCCUCCAGCACUGUUAAAUACUCAGAAUUUUAAGCUUGGCAUGCAGAACCAGCCAGUUCAUCUUGGACAAAACAAACCAAACUACAGUCCUGGAGGGCAGAUUCAACAGAAUCUGAAUCUUCCUCCACCUCAAACCGGACAGAGCCGACAGAACUUUCAAAUUGUACAGAGCCUUCCUCCACCUCAGAGUGGACAAAGCCAACAGAACUUCAAUCUUGGUGGGCAGAUUCAAUACAUUGUUCCUCCUUUUAAUGGACUGAACCAACAGAACAAUAGUUUGAGUGGGCAGAGUCACCAGAGUCUACCUCCGCCUCAAAAUGGACCAAGUAACCAGAAUAUCCAUCUACUGGUUCCAGAUGGGCAAAAUCAAUAUGCAACUCCUGAACCUCCAAAUACUGUGAGCUUUAAAUCAGACGAGAAGAGUCUUCAAACAAGCUCCGAAAAUACAGGCAGGGAGCAAAUUAAUCAAAAAACUGAUGAAUCAGAGAAAAAACCAUUGCCACUAUGUUCUGAUACUCCUGUUGCUCACAAAGUGGUAACCAGUGACCUAGCUGCUCGAAUAACAGACCUUUCAGCAUCUUUAGCACAGUACUUCCAUAAUUCCGGACUGCAACCAUCGCAACUGUUCCCCCCCAGUUCUGUGACGCCUCCUGCACCUCCUGUGGCACCAUUUCUUCAUCCUAGCGAAGGGUCUUGGACACAAAAGCCCCAUGUUCCUACAUCUGAUAGCAUGCAACCUAUUAAGUCUGAGACCGGCAAUCUUCCACCUGGAUUCUCAUCAAAUUCCACAGAGCAAAAGGAUCCUAGAAUGGUGGAAACACAAACACAAACACAUUUGAAGAGCAUGAUUCCAGUAUCUAUUAUUGAUGGCACUGAUGGCAAUCCCAGUAAGGGUGUUAAUUUGGAGGAAAAACAACAUCAUGGAGAUGAUAAUCCUAUGCAGGCCGAUUUGAGUGGCGAUACUGCAUCCAAGAAAGUAAAUGAAAUAGAAACUGGUCAAAUUAAGAAGGAACAAGCUGCCCAUUCGGAAGAUUUGGAUGCUGAUAUGCGGACCGAUGGGGAGAGCAAGAGAAGCAAGGAGAUGAAGGGCAUUCGGUUGUUCAAAUGUGCACUUGUGGAGUAUGUGAAGGAUAUAUUAAAGCCGACUUGGAAGGAAGGUCAUUUGAGCAAAGAAGCUCACAAGACCAUUGUGAAGAAAGUAGUUGAGAAAGUUACUGGUGCAAUGCAGGGCCCCAAUAUCCCUCAAACACAGGAGAAAAUCGACCUUUAUCUGUUGCACUCUAAAACGAAACUCAACAGACUUGUACAGGCUUAUGUAGAAAAAUAUGUGAAGAGCUGAGCCCUUGCUUCUAAACAGUCCAGCUAUUUAUCAUGUUCCUUUUGUAUCAACGUGGUGCUCUAUUUCCCAAGAUACAUUUUGUAAAUUUGGGGCUUAGCUUCUUAGUUAAGUUUUUUCUUCUAGUUUCAUUUUCUUGUUAGAUAUGGGCAGUAAUAUAACCCUUACGAUGAAAAACAAAAUGUAGCCAACGCUACCUGUGUUUAAAUAUGCGGCACGCAGAAAUCUCUUAUGGAAAUUCUGUUGUCUUUCUAAUGAUGCCUGUGAAGCAGGCCCUGUUCUUAUGA